GACAUAGACCAGGGCAGUAUUGUCGGGUUAGAAAAGCUGAUAAUCUGUCCAGCUCUAGUGCCUACGCUAUUAAAAAUAUAUUAUGAACAUAUUUAUCAUUAUAAAUAUAAGUCUCAGAACUGGUGCUGGCACAGAAAAGCCUACAGUUAUGUGUAUGUACCUGCGCACAUGUGCACACAGGCAGUGGUUGUAAGGUACACAACUAUGUAGAUCUGCAAAAAGUCCCACCAUUCUCCAGUACAGAAAUACAUAAUUGCAUAAAAAACUUCUGAUAGCAUUACUCACAACAGUAAAAAUGAAGAACCUAAGGGCUUACAAAAGACAUCUUUGCAUAUGCAUAUCUGUGUGGGAAGGCGUGAGUGUGCAUUUGUGUCAGUUUUCAGGCUAGAGUUCAAUGGCAGAUGUCUUUCCCAAUUGUCUCCACCUUAUCGUUUUUGAGAUAGGGUCUCUCACUGAAUCUAGAGUUCUUGGUUUGGUAGAUUAGCUGGCCAGGAAACCCCAGGGAACCUCCUGUUUCUGCCUACCCAGGAAUGGAAAUUCUAUCCCUAUUCUGUGCGUCUGGCUUUUUAUGUAGGUGCUGAGGCUGGAACUCUGGUCUUCAUGGUUGCACAACAAGCAAUUCACUGACUCAGUCAUCCCCCAGCCCUGAAAGCACAGUGUAAAAGCCAGCCUACAAGGACAAUUUAAAAAUAUAGUUUGUUAUAUAUUUAUCAAGCAGACGUUUAACAGAAUGAAUACUUACGUACUUUCUGGUCACAAUGGGUAAGAAUGCAGGUUUGAGCAGGUGUGGUAGCACAUGUACUCCCAGCUCUGGGGACACUAAGGUAGAUAAUUGUAGAGGACAGCCUGGUCUACACAGUGAGUUCAGAGUCCUCCCGGUUUAUACAAGUUGUCCUCAGAAUAAGAGUAAAAGCAGUAUGGUAGAUCUGAGUUUCUAUCCAUGUGACAGAAUGCAUGUUCCCUGGCUACCUGAUUAAUCAGACUGAAUCAAGUAAGAAAACAAAACACAUUCAGAGUACUGACAGCAUAGUUCAGUGAUAGAAGCCUUUUCAAUAUGCACCAGGCACUGGGGCCAUUCCCAACCCAACACACUAUAAUACAACGCAACAGAAUACAACACAGCCAGAUGAAACCAAACCACUCUAAUCCACUGUCUAGACUCAAGUCUCCACUCCUCACUUACUUGCUAGUUUGUGGUGCUGUGGCUGUACCCCUGAAUCCCUCUGUGCCAUAAAGACUCCACUUCAUAAAACUAUUGAGAGGAGUAUAUGAGUCCAAUUCUUAGUUUUGUAUCAGGAAGAAUUAGUAUUUUAUUAGCCAUGAUUAUUAUUAGUGAUAUAUAAAAGGGUAUCUGUGAUGCUUUAAUUGGUACAAUGAUAACACACAAUAAUAUGUAUAAUAAGAUUCCACUGUUUUGGUUAAAAAUCUCUGUACACACAUGCAGGUGAUUUGUACAUGUGGAGACUGGACUUUCUAUAUACAAUAGACUAAGUUGCUAAUUAUUCUUGUCUAAAGGCUAAAAUCUCCUCAGUUGCUGUCCUUAACUCAUAUUUGGUUUUUAUUUGACAUGGCUACGAAAGGUUCCACUUGAAAUUAUGGAAAGACACUUUCCCUAACCAGUCAUUGUGAGACAGAUACAAGGCACUCAAAUCUCUUUGAGCUUCCUUUCAGUAGAGGUUGAAUAAGGUUAAACACUGUGAGGUAAGUACUAGUUCACAAUAGGCCUUUAAUGUAGAUACUCUUUCAUGUCUUUCCCUUUUAAAUGAUCAAAGCUGUCUUGAUUGAGCCACUCACCAUUUGACAGACAACUGUCAGACUCUUCCCAUCGAAAAUGUCAAUCAAGCAGUCCCUUUUAGGGGGCUACAGCAGGAGUGCUGCUAUCAUGGUGGCCUGGCUGCUUUGAACAUUGCAUGGGAACUGAGCAAAUUCAACUGUAGUUUUGAGCACCAUUAUGAUGAUAGCUGCUUAAGAGGUCUCAUUUUUGUCAUGUCUGUCCUAGUCAGCUUGCACCAGCUCUUGGAGACUUCACUGUCAUCAUGAUAAGUCUCAGGGACAUCUUGAUGAUGCUACCUAUCUUGAGUUAUAGUCUGCUUAGGCCAAGGGGAACACGUUCCCUGGUGACUCAGCAAAAAAGUUCUUGAUUGACACACACGAACUAGGUCAUGAUUGCUAAACAGGCAAAGCUCUGACUGAUGGAGCGAGGAGCUGCUCCUACAGAUGCCACACCCCCUUUCUGGCUUUAUAAGCAGCCUGCUUCUUAGUCUCAUGGGGUCAGUUUUGAAGCCUUCUUUUCCAUGUACUAUCUCUGUACUAUCAUACUAGGCUCCAAUAAAAAGUCUCUCUUGAGUGGCCUUUCAUUUGCCCAUACAUAGUCUUUACUAUAGGUAGAGUGGACUAAACUUGUUGCAUGGAGAGAAGAGAGCACUGGGGUGGUGUUCAGCCUCAGCAUGGGUACUAACAGAGGUGGUGGCGACAGCAGCAGCAGCAGCAGCGGAAGUGAGAAAAUAGCCCGAGAGCUUCAGAGAGCAGGCCAUGGCAGGAGACUGUACAGAGAAGAGCCGAAGGUAAGAAACAGUGAAGGGUGGAGUCAGUGAGGUUGAAAGUCCCAUCCAUGCAAGACUUCCAGAGAGCUGGCGGGGGUUCAGAGCCAAGGGUCCUGAUAAUUGAGGUUUGCUGCUGUAACACCAGCUGCUGGGUUCUGUGCCCAGAGUGAUAGCCUCUGUCCGGAGUUCCUAAGGUUCCAAGCCUGGCUGAGCAAUUUUGGAGCAAAAAGCCCCUGACUUUGAGGGCUGUGGCUUGCUUUGACCUGAACCACUUACAUGUACUUAUAUAUACUUACAUAUACUUACAUGUAUAGUGUAAGCCUCUGCCUUUUAAAGCUUAGAGUCAUAUACCUCUAGGCCUGUACACCUCUGACUUAGUAAGCCUCUGCUCAAGAGCUCAGAGAUGCUAACACCAAGGAAACUAUUCUUGCCACUAUUUUUUUUCUGAGAUUUUGUUUUAUGUGUGUGGGUGUUUUGUCUGCACAUGCACGUCUGUUCCCCACACGCAUGCAGUGCCCGCAGAGGUUAGAAGGUGUCAGUCAGAUCUUGUGGAACUUGAGUUACAGAUGGUUAACUGCCAUUUGGACCCUGGGAAGUGAACAAGGGUCUUCUGGGAGAGCAACCAUGCUUCUAACCACUGAGCCAUCUCUCCAGCCUCUAUCCUUGCCAUCUCUGAACACCUAAAUAGAUAAAAAAAAGACCCUUAGCCAGCCUUUCAUGACAUUUAGAGUGUUUUACUAUAGAGUACAGAACUAGGAGAGUUCGUAUGCAUCAAACGGCUGACAAGUUUUGAAUCCUUUCUGAGGAGUAGUGGACAAUGGUACUGGGAGGGGUGGAGAGACAUUUCUGUACUUUAGUAUUGUUUAUAAAUGGUCAUUGCAUUUAUUUUGGAAGAAAUGCCAAACCAAAGAGCAAGAAUGUCCACUAAAAAAGCACUGAGGCUCAGAGCACUAUACAAAUCUAGUCAGUUUCAAGUCCCCAGGAGGGAGAGGGUGGAGUUAGUCUGGAGUUAGUCAAUCUGGAGAGUAGGGUGAGAUUGGGGAUAUGGGAAUGGGGCUGGGGAGAAGGUACAUAUACUAUUAAGUCAUUAACAAAUGGUAAUGUAGUUCUUCCAAUUAAUAGUGAAAGUGUUUGUGGGGGUUGAAAACAUUUACCCAGAACCUGGACUCCACCUGUGUUUGCUUUUCUGUCACUGUGACAAGUUUAUGACCAUUUAAAAUGAGUAAAAAAACAAAACUGUAUUUGGCUCACAGUUUCAGAGGUGUGGUACAUGGUCACUUGGUUCCAUUGCUGUGGACUUGAGGUGGGGCUGGACACGUGGCAGGGUGUGUGUGAUGAAAUAAAGCAGCCCCUCUCACGGCAAACACGAAGCAGACAGCAAUGACAGGAAGAGGCCAUUGCAACACAGUCCCUAAGAACACACCUCCAGUGAUAUACUUCCUUCAGUUAGCCCCACCUCCUGCUUUUCCAUGGGCAAUGGAGCUGUGCAAUCAGUAUUAACCUCUGAUUAGGCCAGACUCUCAGGAUCUAAUUAUUGUCCCAAAGUCCAGCAUUAGGCAAAACAAGCAGCAGGGAAGGAGUGUGUGUGUGUGUGUGUGUGUGUGUGUGUGAGAGAGAGAGAGAGAGAGAGAGAGAGAAAGAGAGAAAGAGAGAGAGAGACCAUAUCCAAGUUUUAUCACUAUGAACCAAACUGAACCUGGGGCUAUACAUGUGUGCAGAACUAGGUCUUGAAGCAUCAACAAAUUCUACAUUUAAUAAUUUUUCUCUUGGGUGUGAGAUGGGUGAGGUAGCUGAACUAGGAGGAAGGACUCUUAUUUUUAUGAUAAUGACAAAGAUAAUGUAACUUUCUUUGUAAAUGUAAAAUUAAUACAGGAAGUAACAUGGUCAGUGUUUGUUGCUAUCUCGUACUUGCCUAAGUUACAUUGGGAGCCGCAUGUAUUCAAAUUUCAAGGCAUUAUCUAGGGCCCUAGGGAUUCCAUUUUGCGGGAAUAUAUGCAACUUCAGUUCAUUUAGGGUCUCGAUUAUUUUCUUUUCCUCUAAAAAUGUCUUUGAUCUGGCACCUAAUUUCUUUCUUUUUUUUUUUUUUUUGGUUGUUCUUAUAGUAACCAUAUAAGCCCUUGAUUUGAAUUCCAUUUUGCAGCUGUACACGACCUCAUGGACCAACGAGAGGCUUAAAGUUAAAAGUUGGGAUUGCCACUAAACUCGGGUUAAGAAGAAGGACUCUAAAGCACGUCUUGGUAGCUCAAAUAUCGUGGUUUCCGGCCCUUCCCUGGCUCGCAGCUCGCUCGGGAGGCUAACGUUAGGGGAGCAUCCCCCAGGGUGAGCCCUCGGUGCAGGUCCCUCUGGGCUUUAACUUCGGGGCUGCUCGGAGGCCCGGCCUGAGUCAGCGCGGCGGCCGAGAAGUUGGGCGCGAGGCGCAGGGCGGGGCUUCCUCCUCUUCCUCCUCCUCCUCCUCCGAUUCGAGCCCCGCUCUACUUUUCCGAGUCCGCGUCUCUUCCUCCGUCCGGGCGCGUGUUCCUCCAGCUCCGACCAGGCGGACGUGACAGCCGCAGACCUUUAACGCCACAGCCCGGGGCGGGGAAGCUCUCCGCGGCAGCCAGGACAGCCCGGCUCCGCUCGGCCGCACGCAGGCUCCUCCGGAGCGGCCGCGCGUCUCCUCGGGCCCGGCCCGUCCUCCACCUCGCUGGGUCGCCGCAGCAUCCCGGGCUAUGGAGACCGGCUCCGACUCAGAUUCUUUAUACAAUUGCAUAUGUACGAGUGGAUGAACAUACCAUUGGUGAUCCAGAGGACUUUUGUCAAGAUUGGAUAAACCAUGUAUCACAUUGAUUGUAGAGAUCAGCUCGAACGGGUCUUUUUACGACUUGGCCAUGCUGAAACAGAUGAACAGUUACAAAAUAUUAUAUCUAAAUUCCUUCCUCCUGUUCUGCUCAAACUGUCCAGCACCCAAGAAGGAGUACGGAAAAAAGUAAUGGAACUGCUGGUCCAUCUGAAUAAACGUAUAAAAAGCCGCCCCAAAAUACAGCUUCCAGUAGAAACACUAUUGGUUCAGUACCAGGACCCUGCUGCAGUUUCCUUUGUCACGAAUUUUACUAUAAUUUAUGUUAAGAUGGGCUAUCCUCGCCUGCCAGUGGAAAAACAAUGUGAGCUGGCCCCUACGCUUCUUACUGCCAUGGAAGGGAAACCUCAGCCACAGCAGGAUAGCUUAAUGCAUCUUUUAAUACCAACUCUUUUUCACAUGAAGUACCCGGCUGAAUCAUCAAAGUCAGCUUCUCCUUUUAAUCUUGCUGAGAAACCAAAGACUGUGCAGCUGCUCUUGGACUUUAUGCUAGAUGUCCUUCUGAUGCCUUACGGAUAUGUGUUAAAUGAAUCCCAGAGUCGCCAAAAUUCAUCAUCAUCAUCACAGGGUUCUUCUUCAAACAGUGGGGGAGGUUCUGGAAUCCCACAGCCUCCCCCAGGAAUGAGCUUUUAUGCAGCUAAACGAGUUAUUGGUGACAACCCGUGGACACCUGAACAGUUGGAACAGUGCAAAUUGGGUAUAGUGAAGUUCAUAGAAGCUGAGCAGGUGCCUGAACUUGAAGCUGUUCUCCACCUGGUGAUUGCUUCUAGUGACACACGCCAUAGUGUCGCGACAGCCGCAGACCUGGAGUUGAAAAGCAAGCAGAGCUUAAUUGACUGGAAUAACCCUGCCAUCAUUAAUAAGAUGUACAAGGUGUACCUUGGGGAUAUACCACUGAAAACAAAAGAGGGAGCAGUUCUAAAGCCGGAGCUGAAAAGAGACCCAGUCAGUACUAGAGUGAAGUUAAAGAUUGUUCCUCAUCUCCUGCGCUCUAGACAAGCUGCUGAAACGUUCCCAGCUAACAUUCAGGUGGUAUAUGAUGGACUUUUUGGUACAAAUACAAACUCAAAGUUAAGAACACUGUCCCUGCAAUUUGUACAUCACAUUUGUUUAACUUGCCCAGAAAUCAAGAUUAAACCACUAGGUCCUAUGCUUUUGAAUGGUCUCACUAAGCUAAUAAAUGAAUAUAAAGAGGACCCUAAACUACUGUCAAUGGCAUAUUCAGCUGUUGGGAAACUCUCCAGUCGAAUGCCCCAUUUAUUCACUAAGGAUAUAGCUCUUGUGCAGCAGCUCUUUGAAGCCCUCUGUAAGGAAGAACCGGAGACUCGGCUUGCUAUUCAGGAAGCGUUAUCUAUGAUGGUUGGAGCUUACAGUACCUUAGAAGGAGCACAGAGAACUUUAAUGGAGGCACUUGUAGCUUCAUACUUAAUAAAGCCUGAAGUUCAAGUUCGGCAAGUUGCAGUGAAAUUUGCCAGCACGGUGUUUCCCUCAGAUCAUAUACCUUCCAGAUACUUGCUCCUACUAGCUGCAGGAGACCCACGAGAAGAAGUCCAUGGUGAAGCACAGCGCGUAUUACGAUGUCUUCCUGGUAGAAAUAAAAAGGAAAGUGCUUCUAAGCAGAUGCCAUCUUUUCCAGAAAUGGUAUAUUACAUUCAAGAAAAGGCUUCCCAUCGAAUGAAAACUCCAGUCAAAUAUAUGACCGGAACCACAGUCCUUCCAUUUAAUCCAGCAGCAUUUGGAGAGAUAGUUCUGUACUUGCGCAUGUGCCUGGCUCAUAGUGCAGGGGUGGUACCCACUUCCCAGAGUUUGGCUGAUAUGCAAGAUCAUGCUCCGGCUAUUGGACGGUACAUACGGGCUUUGAUGUCAAGCAGCCAGGCGACAGCUUCAUCUUCUAAUAAGAGUGGAGAAACCAACCCUGUUCAGAUCUACACUGGCCUGCUUCAACAGCUGCUAGCGGGGGUUGGAGGUUUGCCAGUCAUGUACUGUCUAUUGGAAGCUGUGUCAGUGUAUCCAGAAAAAUUGGCUACCAAAUUUGUAGACAAAACAGAAUGGAUCAAGAGUCUGAUGAGUAGCAGUAAAGAAGAAAUGCGUGAAUUGGCGGCUUUGUUUUAUUCUGUGGUUGUGUCUACAGUGUCCGGAAUUGAGUUAAAGUCAAUGAUAGAACAGCUGAUAAAGGCCACAAAAGACAAUCAUAGCCCUGAGGUUCAACAUGGAUCGUUGCUUGCCUUGGGAUUCACUGUUGGAAGAUACUUGGCUAAGAAGAGAGUGAGGAUGGCCGAGCAGCAUGACCUAGAGACAGAUGCUGACCUCUUGCCUGAGCAAGAGGAGAUCAUUCGGAGUGCUACAGAAACAAUAGGUUCAUUUUUAGACAGUACAUCACCUCUGUUAGCAAUUGCUGCCUGUACAGCCUUGGGUGAAAUCGGCAGAAAUGGUCCUCUUCCGAUCCCCAGUGAAGGGUCUGGAUUUACUAAACUGCACCUCGUAGAAAGCUUACUCAAUAGAAUUCCGUCUAGUAAAGAAACAAACAAGAUGAAAGAACGAGCAAUCCAAACACUGGGCUAUUUUCCUGUUGGAGAUGGGGUUUUUCCCCACCAGAAACUCCUUUUGCAAGGUCUGAUGGAUUCUGUGGAGGCCAAGCAGAUUGAGCUUCAGUUCACUAUUGGUGAAGCCAUUACCAGUGCUGCAAUAGGAACUAACUCUGUGGCUGCCCGAGAUGCCUGGCUGGUGACUGAAGAAGAAUAUAUACCUCCUGCUGGUGCCAAAGUGAAUGAUGUUGUCCCAUGGGUUUUAGAUGUUAUUUUAAAUAAACAUAUCAUCAGCCCCAACCCACAUGUCAGGCAAGCAGCCUGCAUCUGGCUUCUUUCUCUUGUGAGAAAACUAAGUACCCACAGAGAAGUGAAGUCCCAUCUUAAAGAAAUUCAGAGCGCAUUUGUUUCAGUUCUGUCAGAAAAUGAUGAACUCAGCCAAGAUGUUGCCUCAAAGGGGCUUGGGUUGGUUUAUGAGCUGGGCAAUGAACAAGAUCAACAAGAAUUGGUGUCUACACUUGUAGAAACACUUAUGACUGGCAAAAGAGUCAAACAUGAAGUUUCUGGAGAGACAGUGGUAUUUCAAGGGGGUGGCCUUGGCAAAACACCUGAUGGUCAGGGCCUUUCUACUUACAAGGAGCUUUGCUCUCUGGCAAGUGAUCUCAGUCAGCCAGAUCUGGUAUAUAAAUUUAUGAAUCUGGCAAAUCAUCAUGCAAUGUGGAACUCCAGGAAGGGUGCUGCUUUUGGUUUUAAUGUAAUUGCUACCAGAGCUGGAGAACAACUGGCUCCUUUUCUGCCUCAACUAGUUCCUCGCCUUUAUCGAUACCAGUUUGAUCCCAACCUUGGAAUUCGACAAGCUAUGACAAGCAUUUGGAAUGCAUUGGUCACUGACAAGUCAAUGGUGGAUAAAUAUUUGAAGGAAAUUCUUCAAGAUUUGAUUAAAAACCUUACCAGCAACAUGUGGAGAGUUCGAGAAUCCAGCUGUUUAGCUCUGAAUGAUUUAUUGAGAGGAAGACCUUUAGAUGACGUCAUUGACAAACUUCCAGAAAUGUGGGAAACACUUUUUAGAGUACAAGAUGAUAUUAAGGAGUCUGUACGGAAGGCAGCAGAACUGGCUCUGAAAACUCUGAGCAAGGUUUGUGUGAAAAUGUGUGACCCUGCCAAAGGAGCAGCUGGCCAGAGAACCAUUGCUGUCCUCCUGCCCUGCCUUCUGGACAAAGGAAUGAUGAGUCCUGUGACGGAAGUCCGAGCCCUCAGCAUUAACACUCUUGUGAAGAUCAGCAAAAGUGCAGGAGCCAUGUUGAAACCACACGCACCCAAACUCAUACCAGCACUCUUAGAGUCCUUAAGUGUGUUGGAGCCUCAAGUUCUCAAUUAUUUGAGUCUCCGGGCUACAGAACAAGAAAAGGAUGUAAUGGACAGUGCUCGACUCAGUGCUGCCAAAUCCUCUCCCAUGAUGGAGACAAUCAACAUGUGCCUGCAAUAUCUUGAUGUUUCGGUGCUAGGUGAACUAGUUCCUAGGCUAUGUGAGCUGAUCAGAAGUGGUGUAGGUCUUGGGACUAAGGGGGGCUGUGCCAGUGUCAUCGUGUCUUUAACUACUCAGUGUCCCCAGGACCUGACACCUUACUCAGGUAAACUUAUGAGUGCUUUGCUUAGUGGUCUGACAGAUCGGAACAGUGUAAUUCAGAAAUCCUGUGCAUUUGCCAUGGGCCAUUUAGUUCGGACUUCACGGGAUAGCAGCACUGAGAAACUGCUACAGAAGCUCAAUGGCUGGUACAUGGAGAAAGAUGAACCUGUCUAUAAGACGUCUUGUGCUUUGACAAUUCAUGCAAUUGGAAGAUACAGCCCAGAUGUAUUGAAGAACCAUGCUAAAGAAGUUCUGCCCUUAGCAUUUCUAGGCAUGCAUGAAAUUGCUGAUGAGGAGAAAUCUGAAAAAGAAGAGUGUAAUAUGUGGACUGAAGUGUGGCAGGAAAAUGUACCUGGCUCCUUUGGAGGUAUUCGAUUGUACCUGCAGGAAUUGAUUACUAUUACCCAGAAGGCUUUACAAUCACAAUCUUGGAAAAUGAAAGCCCAGGGUGCAAUUGCUAUGGCAUCAAUUUCAAAACAAACAAGCUCUCUUGUACCUCCUUACCUGGGGAUGAUCCUGAGUGCAUUGAUGCAAGGCCUGGCUGGAAGAACAUGGGCAGGAAAGGAAGAACUAUUGAAAGCCAUUGCCUGUGUAGUGACGGCUUGCAGUACAGAGUUGGAAAAGUCUGUGCCCAAUCAACCCACCACAAAUGAAAUUCUUCAGGCUGUCUUGAAGGAGUGUUGCAAAGAGAAUCUCAAAUAUAAGAUUGUUGCAAUCAGCUGUGCAGCUGAUGUUUUGAAAGCCACCAAAGAAGACAGAUUCCAGGAGUUUUCUGACAUUGUCAUACCCCUCAUCAAGAAGAACUCACUUGAAAGUAUGGGAGUCCGUACCACCAAAGCUGAAGAUGAAAAUGAGAAGGAAAGAGAGCUGCAGCUGGAGUCUCUACUGGGCGCCUUUGAGAGCCUGGGCAAAGCAUGGCCCAGGAACCCAGACACCCAACGUUGUUAUCGGCAGGAGCUGUGCAAACUGAUGUGUGAGCGGCUAAGACUCAGCACGUGGAAAGUGCAGCUAGGUGUCCUCCAGUCAAUGAACGCCUUUUUCCAGGGGUUAAUGCUUCUGGAAGAGGAACACGCAGAUCCUGAAGCUCUGGCUGAGAUUCUUCUCGAAACAUGCAAAUCAAUUACUUACUCUUUAGAAAAUAAGACCUACUCAUCUGUGAGAACAGAAGCUUUAUCUGUGGUAGAAUUACUGCUUAAAAAACUUGAAGAAGCUAAACAAUGGGAAAGUUUGACAGCAGAAUGCAGAGGACUUCUGAUUGAGUCUUUAGCUACUAUGGAGACAGACAACAGACCAGAGCUGCAGGAGAAAGCCUCAGUAUUGAAGAAAACACUUGAAAGUCUGGAAUGAAUGAGAAGGGGAAGAAACAAACAAGUGCCAUGUUCUUUUGGGAUUGGAAAUGGUGGUAUUUAAAAAAAAAAAAACCAAGUGGGGGAAAGUAAAGGUUACUCUGUAGCAUGCAUCAUUCCGUGGCUGAAAUAAAAAGAAAAAAAGCCUUAAAUUUUGCUCCUUAUUAGCUUUAUUUUACUUGUCUUUAAAGUCUGUGGGUAAGCGAGCUUAUUAACUUGGGUUUUUGAUAUGUCUGGCAACCAUCAUUGCUAAAAGAACUGAAACUACUAUAAAUGAAAUACAGGACAAACAGGAUUAACAUCUUAGAACUACAUCCAUGUUAAAAUCCGUGUAGUCAGGGAUCCUGUAAGUCACUCCCUAUGAAGCAGGAUUGGGGAUGACAAAGCAGCUUUCUGAGGCCAGGAGCCAAGGCCACAGACCCAAAGUUUAAUAUCCUGUCUUGGAUAUUUUCUCAACCUGUUACCAAACCAGUGUUUACUCUGCCCCUAUCCUAGAAACUCCCAAAGUGAGGUACAUUUAGGGAGUCAUACAAUACUUCCUAUACUAGAGCUAAACUGACCCUAAUCACUGGAUUCUUGAAGUCACAUGCUCUGCAUUUCUCGUGCAUAUAGGUGGUCAAUUUUUAGGAAAUGGUUGUUCAGGAUGUUUAUAGGUUGAGAAUAAUUUGAGUUCCAUAAAAUUUUGACAGAUGUCCUUUUACUGGAAGAUGAAAAUAGAUUGGAGCAAGAUUAGAGCAAGUCUGUCUGUAUUUGUGAUCAUGUAUUUUUCCAAAAUCUAAAACAGCAGUAAAAAUUAGAGAUUACCUUGAUUUAGACCACUUAAAAAUCUUAAAACUGUAACAGUAACUUAACAUUUUCUACUCCUAACUGUCAUGCAUACAGUGUGACUUGGAAGGACAGAUGGAAAGUCUUUUAGAUAACUGAGAAUUUCUGUUUUUUAAGUGCCCGCUCUCAAAUUAGCAUGAUACCACUUCAAGUAAACUGUUGUUGCCAGGGUCUUUUUCCUGCUUUCUGCUGCUCCUGUACCUGCUGAAGGGUGCAGGGUUGGUUUAACUUAGGUGUCUAUAGUAAGCUAAAAACUCUAGCUUGUCUUUUUGGAGCACAAGACUGAUUUAUAUAUUCAAUACUAUCUCCUUGAUGACAUCAACACCUGGAAUCUUUAUGUUCACUAUUUUUGGUAGAAACUCCAUGUUUAGUUUGGUAGUCUCCAGACGAGUGUAUUUCAAAAAAUUUUUAACUGUGACUCACAAUAAAAAUAACUUAACAUUUGAUUCAUAAUGUGUGUGUGUCUGUGUGUGUGAGUGUUGGUGUAUGUAUGUGUGAAUGUAAAACCUUUAACUGAAAUGUUUCAUGAAGAAAUGCUUAGUUGCUAAGUUUGAUAGACUUUCAUCUCUGUGUCUCACUGUUGUAAAUGUUCUUCAGACUCACUAAAUCAUUUCCUGAUUCACAAACUAGGUUGCUAUUUAAGUUUGAAUAAUACUGCCACUGAUAAUACCUAAACUUCUACUGUAUUUGAGACUGUUUCUGAUUGAAAAAGGCUUUCUAACUAAAAUGUUCAUUGCUCACUCAGUAUCAUCUUGGCUGAUACUGGGCUGUAGUAGUGAGUUUGUAGAACAUCAUGAAUUUUAAAGAAUCUGUUGUAGAAUUGCAUUUAAGAAUGGCUUUCGCUUUAGUGAAAAACAAAUGGCUUCAAAUGUUUUUUAGAAAGCUCUGGCCUCUCGGGAUAUGAUGGGUUUUGGACCAGCAUUGGAUGCACUAAGGACCUACCUGACUUUAAUUGUUGUAUCCAGGAUGCUUCCUUGGCAAGGAUGCAGUGCAGGUCAAGUUGUUGUUGAAGAUGAGAGGGUAAGGGCAAGAAUAAUGUACUUGGUUUGUAGCAAGUGUUGAAACCUCAUCAAAUUUUAUGCUUUUAUAGUUUCUUGUUAUUUAACAUUGGGGGUUUCCCUUGGUGCUGAGAUGGUGCUAAGACACCUGAACCUUAGUGCAAUUGCAUUACAUUUCUUUUACGUUCCUGAGCACUAAUUAUAUACUUAAUACUUAAUUAUAUACUUAAUUACAUACUUAAUACCUUCAUGUUCGCCAGCCCCAUCAUUUUCACAGCUAGUAAUGAAUGCUGUGUUACUGUUUCAAAUACAGUUUAUGUUUGCGAUACAUAUAUAUGUUUAUUUUAAUCAGGACUCUCUAAUUGUGGAACACGUGGUAAAAGUACCUGUACAUGCAUAUAUCAUCAGUCCUUAUUUGCCAAAGCUAUCUCGAAUGACUUGAUUUCCUCUCUCUAUUCAUUUCUGUUUGCCAUACAAAUAUAACUAGUUUGGAGGACUUGUUCCUUAUUCCUGCCAUUAGUGCAGUAACUGUAUCUUUAUUGAGACAUGGAAAAGAUACCUGGAUUGUAGCAGUUGGAUUAACCAUGAAAAUGGUCUACAGUUUUGGUGGUCAAGAGUAGCUGUUUGAUUGAAUGUUUGUGUCUUAUUUAUAGUUCCUAGGGGAUUUUGUCUAUAACACAGUCCACUUAAGUAAAAGGGUACCAAAUCCCCAUUGCUUUGUCCUUCUUUUUUUUUUUUUUUUUUUUUUUUUUUUUUUUAACUCAUGUAUUUACAGUAAGAAAAAGAAUAAAGAUGUGACCUCACUGGUUGGUGCCCUAUCAGCAGUUGUGCUGUGUGAGCACUACCUGCCCUUGUGGAACAUUUCUACCUGCUGCUGUCACAGUAAUUCAUGCUGCUUGUUAAGUUCAGGGAGUUAUUUUGACAUUGGCACUUACUGAACUGUGCAAUCUGUCAUUAAAUGGAUGUAUAUGUAACAGAUUUUUGUAUUUUAUAUGCAACUUCAUAGAUCCUCUGCAAUAUGUACUUAGCUACCUAAGCAUGAAAUAGACUUACUGGAAAGAAAAAAACCUCACUCCCCAAAGAUAUUAAAUGGUAAAUAAAAGCUGCAUGACCUGGUGUUUUGAA